GCACUGCGCAGUCAGCAGCGCACUGGGUUGUUUGCCUUCAUAUUGCGCCAUGUCGUCCCAGACUAAACAGUAACCAGUAACCAGCUAGUGUACGGGGCUGAAUCUUUCUCGAGAUGGACCCAGCCAGCAGAUAUCAAGUGUUCUUCAACGAAGAGGACUCCUCUGGGGCGUCGCCGACCGACCAGCAGCCCUCGACUUCCUCAUCUUCAUCAUCAUCAUCCUCCACCACUGCCUCCCAGGUGGUCCAUGAGGCGUCGCCCAUCCCGGGCCCCGCCCACCCCCAUGGCUCUGGCCCCCCCGCCCCCCCCCCGGAGGAGGCCUCGGGGUCCGGGGCACAAGCCGAGGCCCCACCCCCCCCCUACGCCCCCAUGGACCUGGGGGCCACCGCGGCCGUGGCAGGGCCCAGCUUCGGGGCGGACUUCCCGGUGCCCCCGCCCUACAGCGUGGCCACCUCCCUGCCCACCUACGAUGAGGCGGAGAAGGCCAAGGCCGACGCCAUGGCUGCCCACCCCCUGGAUGUUCUGAUGCAGCAGGAUGAGGACUUCCCCCCCAGGGACGACUUCAGCGAGGCGGACCAGCUCCGUGUGGGCAACGACGGCAUCUUCAUGCUGGCCUUCUUCAUGGCCUUCCUGUUCAACUGGAUCGGCUUCUGCCUCUCCUUCUGCCUGACCAACACCAUCGCAGGACGCUACGGCGCCAUCUGUGGCUUCGGACUGUCCCUCAUCAAGUGGAUCCUGAUCGUCAGGUUCUCAGACUAUUUCACCGGCUACUUCAACGGCCAGUACUGGCUGUGGUGGAUCUUCCUGCUCUUCGGGCUCAUGGUGUUCUUCAGAGGAUUCGUGAACUACCUGAAGGUGCGCAACAUGUCGGAGAACAUGGCCAGCUCCCACAGAACCCGCUUCUUCUUCCUCUGCUAGAGGGUAGCCGUGCCAACGCGCCCCCCUCCCUGACUGUGAAGCACACCUUCCCUCCCCACUACCCGCUCAUCGAUCGGAAGACCUCCGACCAAACAAGGAGACAAGGUUGGAGGAGAGAAGGGAAGGUCGUGUUGAUGCUUUCAGUUAAUCAGACGUUCACCGACGACGUCCUUUUGAUAGCGUCGCUUCUAACGUACCCGGAAAGCAUUCCCUUUUUGAUGAGCUCAUUUCCUGCUAGCUUCCCAGCGUUCCCAUUUGCUUGGUCCCCUAAUUCCGAUCUAAAGCGUUUUUUAUUAGAGUUUAAUAACCGUGUCAUCAUAAGCAGUAGCCAUGUUAAGUUUUACAUAUCAGCGAUUGUUAUCGGAUUCUCUAUAUCAGCGACGUGAAUCGAUCGCGGGGUAGUGUAGUGAUUUCUUUACUGUCCUACGUGUGAAGUUUAACGAUUAUAUGCAUGCCAGUGUUGCGUAAAAUCGAUUUGGUUUAUGAUUUUUUUUAUUUUUUAUAUGUUUCAGUUAAAGUAAUUAACAGAAACAAGGUGCAGUUAUGAAAAUCGCAGUGCGAGGGUCACUUUUGGUGUCCAUGAGUUACUUUGACAGGAUAUCCUUUCUAAUGACAGCAAAAACCAUGGCACUGCAAACCCUCAUGAAUUCUUAAUGUUGCUCAACACUCACCAUCUUUAUUUUAAACAUAUCUGUACGACAUCUUCAAGAUUUCACCAACAACCAACAUUGAGCAAGGUGGGGGUUUGAGCUUGAGUCGAGUUUUUGGGGUGCAAACGUUUUUAUCAGGUUUGGGUCUCAGUUGGCGGAUUGAAUUCUGCGUCUCACUUAUUUAGUGCCGGGUAAACGAUAAUGGAGGUAUCCAGUGAGUCAGAUGUAGGAGAACACUGUGGGUUUACAGAUGGCUAACUGAAUGCUAACUUGCAUUAGCACAGUGGGCUAUUUUGAAAGGAGAAUUACACUUAGACAUUCCUGUACAGGCAACCCUCCCGCCUCUUCCCCCGAAGUGUCUCGAUGAUUCGGUCUUUACCGCAGUCUGUCGCUCAACUCGUUGUGUGAGAAAUACACGAUUGUCUGUCAAUGUAGCCGUGUGUGUUGGUUUGAGAAAUACACACUCGUUUGUUUAACAUUGCUGUUCAAGAGCUUAAGCUCACUGGACAAACUUUUCGACAAUUAAAAAGCACGUCGGCAAUCGUUACCGUUUUUUUUUUUUGUUGAAAAUAUAAAACACAAGUCUGCACUUUACGUUUGCCGAAUUAGCUUGUCCCUUCCCCUUCUUCCCUUGGAGGGUUAUCCUCUUGAGAACAUAGGUACAUUUGACUGUUGAACGUUGAUGUGUGAUGGUGGUCCGACACCGUGGUGGUCUCGCAGUUGUCUGACACUGAACAGAUGACAUACCUUAAUAGACUAAUAGACGACCAUCUAGGGGCCAUGUUGGUUUGUGGGGGUGGGGAAGUCUUCCAGUAGACAUCUCUGGACACCAUGACGACUCAAUGCAAUACUUCUAGUUCUGGACUGCAUUCACCCAUGACAACCAUGAGUUGUCAUGGUUUCGCCAAAGAUUUCAACACCCAACCGAAUCAAAAUGGUCGAUAGGUAAUUCAAUUCCUCUGGCGUUUCUUGACUUGCGUGCAUCUCAUCAUUUACUCACCUGGAAGUCGCGCUACAAUUUGACUCGGUCGAUUUGGUUUGUUGACAUUUAUGUAUUUGUCUUUUCCCUAGCCCAGGCAACAGAAAGAUGUGUACAAUGACACUAGAUGUGUGGCGGAGGUAGUGGUGAGGAUGUGUGCAGAGUGGUGGGAAAUAUCUUGUUUGUUCCCAUAGUUGUGGAGAUUUUUUAUCUAGGGCUUUCUAUUGUUGAUUUUUAGAUAUUUUACUACGCACGGCAUUUUCAUGAGGCAAGUCGUAAAACAAAUGAGGCGAGCGGUAAGUCCGGAGAGUUCCUAACUACUCUGUUCAUGGAUAUCGGAUUUCGAAGAUGGACUGCAAAUUCUGGAUUCAGUCACUCGUUAACUUGUUUCCACGUCAGUAACUCAUCAAUUCCAUGUAACUCGUAACCUUCUGAGUUGCCACGAUAACUCACAAUCAAUUUCAUAAGAUCUGCACGUUAUUCCCAGACAUUUUAGUCGCUUUUUAAACGUAAUUAGGAAUCUUACUAUGGCAUCAUUGGUAUUUAUUUUUCAAAACCUA